CCGCGUGGAUCAGCCCGACACCACCCCCCCCACACACACACACACCGCUCUCAGCCGCUCCACUUUGGGGCGUCUCCGUGUUGGUCUCGUGGCGUGGAAACCGUGGACGUGUUGGAAUUGGACUGUAUUUGGACAAAACAACUGAUGCCGCAUCUCCGUAUGAGCGCAUAAGCAGCGCAGGACCUUCUGCCCCCCCCCCCCUCCCCAGAAAGGUUGGGGCUCACCCAGCUGCAGAGGAGACCGGACCUGGGGAGGAAAAACAAAACAGUUGAAGAUGGAGUCGUUGAUCCUCUGGAGGGCUGUCCUCAUCCUCCAUGCACUCUCCACAGUCCAGAGUGCAGACCCCCAGAGCGCAGUGUUCCUGCCUGAGUUCGGCCUUUCGUCCCAGGGCAGCUUCAUGGAGGACGCCACCGAGGACCAGUUUCUGACCUACAGAUACGACGACCAGACCUCCAGGACGACCCGGUCCGAUGAAGACCGGGACUUAGGUUGGGACGCCUGGGGACCCUGGAGCGACUGUUCCCGAACGUGCGGAGGAGGAGCCUCAUAUUCGCUGCGACGCUGCCUCAACAGAGGAAACUGCGAUGGCAAAAACAUCCGCUACAGAACCUGCAGCAACACGGACUGCCCUGCAGAGUCCGGGGACUUCCGAGCCCAGCAGUGUUCAGCCCACAAUGACAUCAAGUACCAGGGAGUCACUUAUGAGUGGGUCCCGGCGCCCUACGACCCCGCUGUACCCUGUGCCCUUCGAUGCCAAGCCAAGGGGUGGAGCCUCAUGGUGGAACUGGCCCCAAAGGUUCUGGACGGGACCCGAUGCCGGUCAGAUGCCUUUGACAUGUGCAUCAGUGGAGUGUGUCAGGAGGUGGGUUGCGAUCGCCAGCUGGCCAGCGGUGCCAGGGAGGAUAACUGCGGCGUCUGCGGGGGCGACGGCUCCACAUGCCGGCUAGUCCGAGGUCAGGCCCUGCCCCACCUUACACCAGAAGAAUCUCUGAAGACGAUACUAGAGGUACCGGUGGGAAGCCGCUUCCUCCGACUCAGCGCCAAAGGACCUGAUAUAAUAGUCAUCGAGGCCGUGUCUCUUCAGGGGAGGAAGGAGGAGACGACUCUUCUGUCCACGGGCUCCUACGUCAUAGGAAACACAUCUGUGGACGUCCAGAGGGGGACGGACAGACAGACACUGAGGACACACGGUCCACUGGGCGCUGAUUAUGUCAUCAAGAUGAAAUAUGGAGGAUCCAAGGACACAGUGGUGCAGUUUCUUUUCUACCAACCAAUCAGAUACCAGUGGAGGGAGACUGAUUUCUUCCCCUGCUCCGUCACCUGUGGAGGAGGAUACCAGCUGAACUCUGCAGAGUGCACAGACAUCCGGUCCAAUCAGACGCUGCCGGAUCAUCACUGUAACAGCUACCCCGAAAACACCAAACCUACCCCCAAACUCAAGGAGUGCAACAUGGACCCCUGCCCAGAGAGUGACGGGUUUAAGGAGGUGAUGCCGUAUGAUCACUUUCAGCCGCUGCCUCGGUGGGAACAGGGACCCUGGACCCAGUGCUCGGUGUCGUGCGGUGAAAACGGCGGUUGGCAGGAUCGCAGCGUGGUGUGUGUGGAGGAGGACACCCACGGACAGUUCUCUCAGGUGGAGGAGUGGAAGUGCACCCACUCCCCACGGCCCAGCACCCGACAGAUGUGCAACAUGUUCGCCUGCCCCCAGUGGGUGGCCAUGGAGUGGUCCCAGUGUACUGUGACAUGUGGACGUGGCUUACGUUACCGUGUUGUUCUUUGCAUCGACCACCGGGGGCAGCACAUUGGAGGCUGUGAAGCGUCACUCAAACCUCAUGUUAAAGAGGACUGUCUGGUCCCUAUCGCCUGCCACAAACCCAGAGAAUCUGUACCAGUGGAGGCCAAGGUUCCCUGGUUAAAACAGGCUCAGGAACUGGAGGAACAUCACGGCGCUACAGAGGACCCAACGUUCGUACCCGGACCCUGGUCUCCCUGCAGCGCCACCUGUGGGCCUGGCAGACAAACCCGGGAGGUGAAAUGCCAAGUUCUGCUCUCCUUCACCAAAACUGAAGUGGAUCUACCAGAAGAGGAGUGUGGUAAAGACAAACCCCACCAAGAAAGACCCUGCAACCUGGGGUCCUGCACCAAGACCCCCGGCCUCCCAUCAGACCUGCAUUACGCCGCCGACCUUUACCCCCGGACCGAAGAGCUCCACAGCUGGGACUACAGGGGCUUCAGCGCCUGCUCGGCCUCCUGCGCCGCCGGGAAGCAGACAGCGGUGGUGAGAUGCGUUAACCGGAGGCAAGGUGAAGAGGUAGACGACUCGCUGUGUGAUCUGUCCAGCAAACCGCCGGUAAUGAUCCGCAUCUGCAGCCCUGAACCAUGUGCCCCGAGAUGGGAGGUGACGGAGUGGACCAGCUGCUCAGCGUCCUGCGGCGUCGGCAUACAAACCAGAAACGUGUUUUGUAUGCGUCUGCUCUCCGUCGACCAGCAGGACAUCCUCACGGUUUCAGAGGACGAGUGCAGGGAGUUCAAACCUCCCAUCCUGCAGCCGUGCAACCAGGUGGACUGUCCGGCCGAGUGGGAGACCGAGCCCUGGCAGCAGUGUUCCCAGACCUGUGGCGGCGGCGUCCAGGUGCGGAAGGUCUACUGCGAGCAGCUCCUGUCCACGGGGGCCUACAGGAGGCUCGGAGACACCGAAUGCUGGGGGGUCAAACCUGCCACCGACCGAGGCUGCAGGAACACCGACUGUCUGCCUUAUAUCGCAGGAGGAGAGUGGGGCAAGUGCUCCGUGUCCUGUGGUUUGGGGAUCCAGCGUAGAGAUCCACUGUGUCGCCAGCUGACGGCCACGGGCCACCAGGUGACGCUGGACUGGGAGGUGUGUUCAGGACUGUCCUCCCCACCGCUCAUGAGGACCUGCAGAAUGAUGGCCUGUCCGAAGCAUAAGAAGGAGAUGCAACCCAAGGACCCUCGGAGGUUUCCCCUGAGGAACCAGGUCAAGCAGACGCCCAGACACCCACCCAGAACCAGAGGCUAUGAGGUCAAACGGUGCCCGGCGCUCUACGGGAUGCACCGUAUCUACAUCCAGACCCACAAGGAGAGACGCCUCCACCUGACUGUCGGAGGCCACGCCUACCUGCUGCCCAACACCUCCCUGGUCAUCAAAUGUCCGGUCAGGAAGUUCCCCAAAGCCUACAUCCGCUGGCUCAAAGACCGGCGGCCCCUGUCCAGCUCCAAACGCCUCACCAUCACCAAAUCCGGAUCCCUGAAGAUCCACAUCCUGGGUCCGGAAGACGUCGGUGUGUAUAAAUGUAGAGCAGGACCCGCCUCCGACAUCUUCACCCUGCAGCUGAUUGGGUUAGACAGCAGGUCGACGGGGGCGGCGUUCACCACCACCCCCACCCCGUCCCCCACCCCCAACUGGGAGGAGAUGCUGCCGAGUUGCAACAGUCACUAUGACGUCGUGUCUCGAUGGGGGCGCAUCCCCGUGUCUCUGCUGCCCCCCGGUGCCCAGGAGGCCUCGCUGCAGCCGCGGGUGGAGGAGCGGCUGGUGAGCAUCACGCUGCAGGCCGACAGGAGGGAGAUCCAGCAGGAACAGGCCUCAGAGCUCAUCGCAUCGCUGCUGAGCCACAUGUCAGACGCUCAGCUCUGGACUCGGACCGCGGAGGGACGAGGACCCGCCACAGACACUCUGUCCAACUGGUCUGAGCGUUCAGCGGUGGAGGCGGUCCCCAGCAGACCUGUGAUCAGCCGACGGCCGCAGACCCUCCCUCUGACGUUACACAAGAACAUCAACAUCAGCGUCGGCCACAGCGCCAUCCUCACCAACGCCACGCGAUCUCUGACCAUCCUGUGUUCAGCAGAUGGUGUACCCACCCCCAAAACCACCUGGAGCAAAGACGGAGCUCUGAUGCAGCGAACCGACAGGGUAUCGUGGGAUACCUCUGGUCUCCACAUCCUUCAGCCCAGACUGUCUGACAGAGGAAACUACAAAUGUACGGCAGCGAAUCCACACGGAUCUGACUCUGAAACGUCUCAGCUACUGGUGGCAGAGCCUCCAGCCAUCGUCGUCUCAUGGAGGAACGUUUCAGACCAGGGGACGGUGCUGGGUCACGCUUUCACAGCCACAGUGGGAGGACGAGUCGGCGUUCGCCAAGGAGCCAACCUCACCCUGGACUGUCCCGUCACAGGUGUCCCCCAGCCCACGGUGACCUGGUCCAGAAAGAACGGACCUUUAGGUUCUGGACCUGUGCCGCUGCUGUCGGGAUCGCUGUGGAUCAAGAAUGUUUCUCUGCACAGCCAAGGCACCUACUUCUGCACAGCCAAUAACACCGUAGGGAAGUCCACGGCCUCUACGGUCCUGCAGGUCUACGCCUCGUACCCGUCUGGUGGAUCCAGGGCUGUUCCAGUGUCACAGGAGCUGAACCGGAGGAGGGUCCUGAUGGCCUCGCGCCGUGGAACCAGUGUGUUUGUCAGACCCGGGGACAUUCUGCGAAUAGGUUGUCCGGUUGUUCCCGACCAUAAAAUGCCAGUGCGCUGGUUUUACAAUAACCAGACCCUGAAGGAGGUUGCAGGUCCAGUCCAGAGAUCAGGUCCCAGAUCCGGGCCAGGUCAGGGUCUACAGUACAGAAUGCUGGUGGGGGGUCGUGUCCUGGAGGUCAACACGCUCCAGGGUCCGUUCUCGGGUCGGUACCAAUGCCAGACGUUCAUCAGCAACAUCAGACAAAUGCUGUCAGCCUGGAUAUAUGUCCACUCGCAAGAGUUCGGGUGGCGUUUCGGAGACUGGACCACAUGCAGCGCGUCGUGUGGAAACAGAGGGACGUGGCUGCGGAAGAUUCGCUGUGUCUCCCUGGACGGAAAAGACGUUCAACCUGCCAUGUGUCAACACAUCCCCAAACCCGUCACUUCUCCAGUUCCCUGCAACAGACAGGACUGUCCACCCAGAUGGGCGGUGUCCGAGUGGUCCAAGUGUUCGGCGGCGUGCGGCGGCGGCGUGAAGCGGCGGCAGGUUUCGUGUCAGCAGCUGGACGUCCAGGGAGCGCUGAGGGUUCUAUCGGCCGCCGCCUGCGAGAGGAUGAGUCGACCGACCGAAACAGAGAACUGCACCGCCAACAACUGUCCCAUGUGGGUCACCAGCCCCUGGGGAAAGUGUUCGGGGAGGUGUUUAGGCCCAACCACCACCGUACAGAAGAGGUCUGUGGUCUGUCAGCACACCAAUGGAUCCUCACAUUCAGACUGUGAUCCGACCAACAGGCCGGUGUCUGCUCGGAACUGUUCGUCGGACCUGUGUAACGUCCAGUGGCGUCCGGGCAUGUGGAGGGCGUGCACGGUGGUCUGUGGGAGUGGCUUCCAGUCGCGAAGGGUGGACUGUGUUCACCGGAGGAGAGGCAGGACUCUGGCGGAUCAGCACUGCGCCUGGAUCCCACGACCCUCCACCUGGCAACACUGCAACAACAACACCUGUGGGAGUGAAUGCAAAGACACCACCCAGUACUGCAGCGUGGUCAAGAGACUGAGGCUGUGCUACACAGACAUGUACAAACAGAGAUGCUGCGAGUCGUGUUCACAGGACGCCGACUCCACCUAGUGGCGAGCGAGCGGAUGUAACCACGCUGCUUCUUUUUCUAAACGGCGAGACUUCAUACAUGAGAACAGCUGAUGUGUGUGAGUGGGAAAACUGACUUCAGUCCAGCUCUUUUUUUUUUUUUUUUCCUCUCUUUUCCCUAAUAGGACACCGAACGGAACCUUGGCUGAAGAUGAUGAUGAUGAUGAUGAUGAUGAUGAUGACGAUGGGGGUGGGAGGGGGCUUCGUUGUUUGAUCUGGACCCUCUGGAGACGCUUUGGGGGUAUAAAAAAAAAAAAAAAAAAAAAGUGACCCAAAAGGAACCCGUUGAUGUUGCUCAUUGUAGAAAGCGUCCCACUGCUCUCCUGUAUUAAACCCACUGCUUUGACCUUUGACCUUUGACCUUUAUUAGCUUGGAGAUGCCACUCAUGUCCCGCCCCGCCGACAGACGGAGGUCCGACAUGUCGACGGAUACACAAACACAGUCCUCCAGCAAUGUCGUACUUUCUUAACCCUUAUUUAUUUAUUAUUUUUGAAGUUGCUCAGCUCUGAUUUCUAAAAGAGAAUCAU